AUGAAAGUAUAUGAAGCGCUUCGUGCGAUGUCUAGGCCCGAACUUAAAAGUAUUCUUCCCUCCAAACGGACGCUAAAUAGGUUACUUUUUGACUUUGACAGUCGGUUGUCGUACAGAAAAGCCAUUCCUGUACUAAGCACAGUAUACAGUAACUUAGAUAGACCACAUGAGAUAAGGUUACCGAAAUCCAUCACUGGUCUGGAUUUAAUGGUGCAGAAGAACAUCCUUGCGACAGUUAGGAAUAAGACUAACGUUAUAAACAAAAAUUUGGUCGAUUUGGAGAAUGAGCUCGUAGAACAAGCUGCCGAAUUGGGUGACAAUGAUGCUAUUACUAUGCUCGCAUUUGAAACCUUGAACUCGAAGUCCACAUCGAGUGCUGAAGAUUUUGCAUAUGCACAGGAGCUUGUGAAGGGACUAGUGGAUAAGAAGCACCCACUUGUAUUUAAGAUGCUUGGAGACUUGGCGUUUUUUCAAAAGAAGCAACACGCAAGUGGUGUAGAGUACUGGAAACAGUUCCUUGAAUUGGAAAGCGACACAGUCAUGGCAAGCCAAGUGUACUCUAAUUUGGGAGUAUACUAUUUCAGUUAUAUGACGCCCAAGCCAGAUUUAACGUUAGCUAAACAGAAUUUUGAAAAACUGAUAAAUGUGGGAGAGUUAGACAAGUACACUGUUAUAGCUCAUUACUACUUGGGUCAGUUAUAUGCUGUCGUGGAUCCAGAGUUGGGCAAGUACCAUUUGGAAGUUGCAGCUAGUCAGGGCCUAAAGGAGUCUUUCGCUACUUUAGGAUUCUUGGAAAUGAAUACGUUUAAGGAGUACGUCAAGGCCAUUGAAUGGUUUAAUUUGGGGAACGAAGUAAGCAACGAUUUGACUUGUAUGGUGGGGAAGUUCGAUUGUUAUGUUAAUUUAAAGGAGUAUGAGAAAGCUGGAGAGGUAUUAGGCAAGUUGGAGGGCAUCGAACAGCAAAUCAAGAACGUUAGAGUCAAGAGAUUGAUUCCUAAGACUGAAGAAUUAGAACAGUCAUUGAACACAAACGAAAGUACGUUAAAAUUGUUCUUCGAAACAAGGAAGGACUCAGUUGAGACCGUCAGAAGGAAUAUAUAA